AUGGCAGACACAGGCGCUAUUUUUACCGAAGAUCAGAAGGAUAGUCCUACAGAGUUAGCUUUCAAAUACGCUGUCUACAGAAUCAACAAGGACAGAAGUCUUCUUCCUAACACCAGUUUGGUGUACGACAUUCAAUAUGUGCCUAAAGAUGAUUCAUUUAGAACUUCCAAGAAGGCCUGUCAACAGUUAUCGAGAUCAGUACAAGGAAUCUUCGGUCCUUCAGAUCCCCUCUUAGGUGCUCACAUACAAAGUAUUUGCGAAGCACUAGACGUACCUCACUUGGAAGCCAGAGUAGACUUCGAACCCACCUUCAAGGAAUUUAGUAUAAAUCUCUAUCCUGCUCAAGAUCAUCUAAAUAAGGCCUUUCAGGACCUAAUGUCCUUUCUCAAUUGGACAAAAGUCGCCAUAAUCUACGAGGAGGAUUACGGGUUGUUCAAGCUUCAAGAUCUUGUUAAAACUCCGCCUUCAACAAAAACAGAAAUGUACAUACGCCAGGCUGGUCCUGGAACAUACAGGCAGGUCCUUCGUGAAAUUAGACACAAGGAAAUUUACAAAUUAAUCAUUGGCACAGAUCCAGCGCACAUGCAACAAUUUUUCAGAGCCAUAUUGCAACUGCAAAUGAAUGACUACAGAUACCACUAUAUGUUCACAACAUUUGAUAUAGAAACUUUUGAUUUAGAAGACUUCAAGUACAAUAGUGUGAACAUGACUGCCUUUCGAUUAGUUGAUCUUGAAGAACCGAAAGUCAUUGAAAUUCUACGCCAAAUGGAACGUUUUCAACCCAUUGGACACGCCAUUCUCAACAGAACUGGAGUUAUUCAGGCAGAACCAGCUCUUGUAUAUGAUAGUGUCCAAGUUUUCGCACAUGGACUGGCAGCACUGGAUCGCAGUCAUAUUCUAAGGCCUGCCAAUUUAUCUUGUGAAAAGGAAGAACCAUGGGAUGAUGGCUUGUCACUCUACAAUUAUAUCAACGCUAUACACCCCCUCAGAAUACUACUGACACAUAUAUUGAGCAUCUUAAAGGUAAACUCUAAUGUCCCCUUGAAAUAAAUUAAUAUCUUUAUU